AUGACCUUUGGGCAAGUAAAACAUUACAUGUACUUGCCUGAUGUGCAAGUGCCUUUGAGAGCUUAAUGUCAACACCUGCCUUGUAUGUUUCUUCGUUUCCUUGCUGUUUGUAAAAAGUACUAUAUAAAUACAUGUGAUUGAUUGAGACUCUCUUUCUGUCUCUCUCCCCUCUAGGUGACCAUCCAGUGGAACAGUAGCACCCAGAGGUUUCAUCUCUCUCUAGGGACAGUAGGACCCAACUCAGGCUGUAGUAACUGUCACAACAUUAUACUGCAUCAACUACAGGAGAUGUUCAACAAGACCCCUACUGUGGUCCAGCUACUACAGGUACUGCACGCACACACACAUACCUGGGCUUGAGCCUAACUAUACAGGGGCAGGUCCGGGCACGCACACACUCUUACAUACACUGGUACUUGUACACCCUCCAUCAAAGGGCACAAAUUCUAUUACAUUUAUUUUCUGUUCAUUGUCUAACUUCCUUCUCUCCCCUCCAAGGUGCUGUCGGACACCCAGGCCCCUCUGAAUGCCAUCAACAAGCUGCCCACAGUGCCCAUGCUGGGGCUGACGCAGCGCACCAACACAGCCUACCAGUGUUUCUCCAUCCUGCCCCAGUCACCCACACACAUCCGCUUGGCCUUCCGCAACAUGUACUGCAUCGACAUCUACUGCCGCAGCCGCGGGGUGGUGGCCAUACGAGACGGGGCCUACAGCCUCUUUGACAACACCAAGAUCGUGGAGGGCUUUUACCCCGCCCCGGGACUCAAGGUAUGAGGGAGGAGAGGGCUUGGGUGGGUUUGUGUGAUUGUAUCAGGAAUUUGAAAGUGCCCCUCAAGGAUUCUCUCCCUCUCUACCAGACGUUCCUCAACAUGUUUGUUGACAGUAACCAGGAUGCUCGGCGACGCUCCAUCAAUGAAGAUGACAACCCGCCCUCGCCGGUUGGCGGCGACGUGAUGGACACCCUCAUGAGCCAAUUUCAGGCCCAGCAGCAGCAGCCAAUGAGAGGGGGUCCUGUGGGGGUGUACCCUCCCCUCACCUCCCCGCCCACCCCUUACCAUCCCAACGUGGCACCCUCGCCAUCCAUGAUGCCCACACAGUCCCCAGGUGAGAGGGUUGUGUGUCCUGUGUGUUCCCUAUUUGUGCCACGCGUGCUUGGCAGCCCACCAUGGAGCAGAGGAAAGAGACCAAAUGCUAUCUGGUCCUCUCCUCACCCAUCAUCCACCCGCUAAGUGAUAUCACUCUCUCUCUCUGUGUGUGUGUUCACCCUGCCACUGCUGUCAUGCGCAUGCUGAAUGGCAAACUGUGUGUGUGCGAAAGUUGAGUCCAGAAGGGAGAAAGCAUGCAUCCAGUCCUGCUCACUCAUCUCAGCCCUAGAGCCUUUGUCCGCUGCCCAGCUUUAGCCUGUGUGUUUGUGGGUGUGUGUGUGUGUGUACAGGUCUGUGUGUGAGUGUGUGUAUGAAUGGAUGUAUGUGACAGGGUUUCCGUUAGGAAAAUGUGCCGCCAGACAACGUGGCCGGGAAGAUUUUAAUUUACCAGCCAUAAAAAAAUUAAAAAUCCUGUAUGCAUUGGGUGCAUAACCCAUUAGGGCGUCCACCCACGGUGCUCAGAAUGACAGAAAUCACAUUUAGAAUAUGGUAAUGCAUCUUAAAAUGAACUAAAUGUAAUGAAAGAAAGUGAAUGAAAAGGAGAGUAAUGCUGUAGCGGUGGGUCCAAUAGGGAAGUAAAUGGAAAUCAAUUUGCCGAAAUUAUUACUUAUUAUUUUUACUCCAGAAAUAAAUACAAUUAUUCAUAAUACUUCACCAGAAAGCAUGACUUAGCCACAGAGAAAUCAAGGAUCAUUAGCUUAUUGUAAAAAAUAGCCGUGGAUUGUUUCAUAUCACAAGCUCGUAGGCCUAUGCCUAUUUUGGAAGGCCGCAAUUUCAGCAGCGCGCGUGGCAGUAGGCCUAGCUGAUUAUUGAGUUGAGGCUGUCAGUGAAAAGCAUCUAAAAUAUGUCAAGAUGUGUCUUGAGUAUAAUUUAAAAGGUUGAGACGAAGGGGAGGGGUGUGUGGCGAAGAUAUAGGCGAGUCUCUCUCCAGAAUGGCUUAGCUGUCUCCCGCCAAUUCUUGCGCAUUCAUUGUGUGAAUUGUUUGCCCUUUGAUGACAUACAGUCCGUGGAAAGUAUUCAGACCCCUUCCCUUUUUCCACAUUUUGUUAUGUUACAGCCUUAUUCUAAAAUUGAUUAAAUAAAUAAAAAUCCUCAUCAUUCUACACACAAUUCCCCAUAAUGACAAAGCAAAAACAAGUUUAUUUGCAUAAGUAUUCAACCCCUUUGCUAUGAGACUCAGAAUUGAGCUCGGGUGCAUCCUGUUUCCAUUGAUCAUCCUUCAGAUGUUUCUACAACUUGAUUGGAGUCCACCUGUGGUAAAUUCAGUUGAUUGGACAUGUUUUGGAAAGGCACACACCUGGCUAUAUAAGGUCCCACAGUUGACAGUGCAUGUCAGAGCAAAAACCAAGCCAUGAGGUCGAAGGAGUUUUCCUUGGCGCUCCGAGACAGGAUUGUGUUGAGGCAUAGAUCUGGGGAAGGUUACCAAAAAAUGUCUGCAGCAUUGAAGGUCCCCAAGAACACAGUUGCCUCCAUCAUUCUUAAAUGGAAGAAGUUUGAAACCACCAAGACUCUUCCUAGAGCUGGCCGCCCGGCCAAACUGAGCAAUCGGGGAGAAGGGCCUUGGUCAGGAAGGUGACCAAGAACACGAUGGUCACUCUGACAGAGCUCCAGAUUACCUCUGUGGAGAUGGGAGAACCUUCCAGAAGGACAACCAUCUCUGCAGCACUCCACCAAUCAGGCCUUUAUGGUAGAGUGGCCAGACGGAAGCCACUCCUCAGUAAAAGGCACAUGACAGCCCGCUUGGAGUUUGCCACAAGGCACCUAAAGGACUCUGACCAUGAGAAACAAGAUUCUCUGGUCUGAUGAAACCAAUAUUGAACUCUUUGGCUUGAAUGAUAAGCGUCACGUCUGGUGGAAACCUGGCACCAUCCCUACGGUGAAGCAUGGUGGUGGCAGCAUCAUGCUGUGGAGAUGUUUUUCAGGGACAGGGAGACUAGUCAUGAUCGAGGGAAAGAUGAACGGAACAAAGUACAGAGAGAUCCUGUUUUUCUGCUAAGCGAACAGGACAACUUCACCGUAUCAAAGGGACGAUGGACUGGGCCAUGUACCGUCAAAUCUUGGGUGAGAACCUCCUUCCCUCUGCCAGGGCAUUGAACAUGGGUCGUGGAUGGGUAUUCCAGCAUGACAAUGACCCAAAACACACGGCCAAGUUAACAAAUGAGUGGCUCAAGAAGAAGCACAUUAAGGUCCUGGAGUGGCCUAGCCAGUCUCCAGACCUUAAUCCCAUAGAAAAUCUGUGGAGGGAGCUGAAGGUUCGAGUUGCCAAACGUCAGCCUCGAAACCUUAAUGACUUGGAGAAGAUCUGCAAAGAGGAGUGGGACAAAAUCCAUCCUGAGAUGUGUGCAAACCUGGUGGCCAACUACAAGAAACGUCUAACCUCUGUGAUUGCCAACAAGGGUUUAUCCACCAAGUACUAAGUCAUGUUUUGCAGAGGGGUCAAAUACUUAUUUCCCUCAUUAAAAUGCAAAUCAAUUUAUAACAUUUCUGACAUGCGUCUUUCUGGAUUUUUUUGUUGUUAUUCUGUCUCUCACUGUUCAAAUAAAUCUACCAUUAAAGUUAUAGACUGAUCAUGUCUUUGUCAGUGGGCAAACGUACAAAAUCAGCAGGGGAUCAAAUACUUUUUUCCCUCACUGUACAUGAUGACAAACAAAAAUACACACAGGCCAAUUUAAUUCCGCUACAUUAUGCAAAUGAACCUAUAGACCAAUAAGAAUGAUGGUAAAAUGUAUUUACAUCUACUGGUAUUUCCAUCAAUGAAUAAAAAACAUUAUUUUGCAAUUGGUCAUUUUGGCCGGCAACAGUUUUAUUUAUCGGCUUUACAUUUUUUAUCGACAAUUGCCGGCUAAUGGAAACCCUGGUAUGUGAGUGAGUGAGUGUGUGUGUGUGAGCUGAUCCUAUUGGCCCGUGUCUGACGAGCCUUAUUGGUCGGUGUGGUGUGUGUUUGUGUGUGUGCGCAGGGACCAUCCAUGCGUCGGGCUCCCCUAGCGGAGCAUUGAGGGCUCCCUCUCCCUUUGGGCCCACCCCUUCUCCCUCCUCUCUGGGCAUAGCUAUGGGCCCAACCAGCUUUGCCAGCCCGCAUGGUAAGUGGCGCAACGCACUGACCACAGGUACCAGCCGGGCUGGGGUAGAGGAUGGGACUGGGCUGGAGUAGAGGAUGGUAAGGAUGAGGCUGGGCUGUGGUAGAGGAGGGGGCUGGGCUGUAGCAGGCUGGGCUGAAUGGAUGGGUCCUCCAAGGAGUAUAACCAUAGCCAGACCCUAAUGCAGGUUGAGAAAACACUGUGCCUGGGUAGACUGAGGAUGGGACUGGGCAGAGCUGUAGACCAACCUCCGGCCCAUGGACCGGGACUGGUGCAUAGGAUGUUGUUCACCGGUCCCUCUGAUAGUUCUCUGACACCUGUUUAGUCCGUUCUCAAGUGGUUGAGAACCCCAGGUUGAGUGGGUCACAGUGGUGGUUUAACUGUGGAGAGUUUGUAUUGGAGAGAGAAUGGGAGAGAUAAAGUUGUGUCAAUCAGUGUGCGUCUAAAUGUCUGUGAUUGUCUGUCUGAGUACACUGUAAUGGGUUCAAGACAAUGUAGCUGGCCACUUGCAUUAAUAAGAUGAUGAUGAAGAUUAUAAGGAUGAUAAUAUCAGUGGACACUGUACUGAUGAUGAUGAUGAUGAUGAUGAUGAUGAUGGUGGUGGUGGUGUGUGUGUGUGUCUGGCUACGUGUGUCUAUGUUUCCCAGGUGCUCUGGACCCCAGCUCCCCUUAUGCCAUGGUGUCUCCCAGCCAGAGGGGCCAGUGGCCAGGCUCUCCCCAGGUCUCAGGGCCCUCUCCUGGGGCUCGUAUCCACGGCAUGUCCCCUGGAAACCCCUCACUCCACUCACCCAUCCCCGACGCCUCACACUCCCCACGCGCUGGCUCGAGUGAGUACCACACACACAUACACAACACCUGACUGACUGACAAUCCACUCCACUGAAAAUCUAAUGUUUUUACUAAAAUGUAAGGGCUGUUAAGACCUUUGCAUGAAUGUAUAUAAAAAAGAAAUCUUAAAAGAUGUGUUCAGUCUCCUCAUUCCCUAGGCUAACUGUACUGUCCUUUCCUCUCUCCAGGUUCCGGGGCCAUGCCCAGCAGUAUGCCCCCGCCCCGUAAGCUACCUCAGCGUUCCUGGGCCGCCUCCAUCCCCACCAUCCUCACCCACAAUGCCUUGCAUGUAUUGCUGCUGCCCUCGCCCACACCCUGCCUGGUGCCGGGCCUGGCAGGAAGUUACCUCUGCUCGCCGCUGGAGCGCUUCCUGGGCUCGGUUAUCAUGAGACGCCACCUGCAGAGGAUCAUCCAGCUAGAACCCAACGUGAGUGGUGGAGAUCUGAAGUUGACUCAUCUUGGUUUAGUCCAUCUGUCUUUCUUGUUCAGUCUCUCUGUGUGUGUCUCUUUCUCUGUGUGUGUCUCUCUCACUCACUCACUCACUCUCUGGCUUUUGUUUUUAACAUAUUUCUGGCCUUCUCACACUUCUCUCCCUCUUCAUCCUUCCAUCUCUCUGUCUCUCCAUCUCAUCCAGCUGGAGGCUAACAUGAGUUACCUCUGUCAUCAAAUGUUUGUUCAUACUCCAUCUCUCUUCAGCUUAACCAGCUAUCUCUCUCAUCCAAUUUCUUCAUUUCACUGUCAAAUCAACCGCAAUUUAGCCAGCUCUAAUUAAUCUCUCAGUCAAAUUCCUCCGUAGAGGCUCUCAGCAGGGCUGUCCCUUAUUCCACAGCUUUUUUCCAACCUUGAAUCUCUUGAACCUUCAGCCCAAGCUGUCUGAGUUAGGUUUGAAUGGGGGAACACAUUUACCGGGAUUUACUGUCCAAAACCAUUCACUUUUCCCGGGAUAAAUAACUGCGAGAAACCGGUAAAUUAUAAUACAUUAUUUACAUAAACAGCAUGGCGUGAAAUGGAACUGUUAAAUUAUAUGUAAUGUGUAAAUCUGGCUUCUCUACGGCCUCUGCAUGAUGAAUCAUCACUGCUCAGGGUGGGGACAGACAGCCCAUCUCAGUAUGGAGCGCAGUUCACAAUGCAUGUAGACCUAUCAUCUCAUCAUGGAAACUUGUUUUGUUGUGACAAGUAGGCCUGCAUUUGCUGCAGCAGUCUAUGCUACAGUAAUACAAAGACCGAAUCCACGUCUAAUUUACCCAUCUCAAUCUCGCUUUCGGGGUCACCUUAUCGGUGCACACGCGAGCACUCUCGCAGUCUUUCUCUCUCCAACUCCAUUCAAAUUGCAUCCAGAAUAGAUAGUCCUGUUCUAGAAUGAUAUAUAGCCCUAUUUAUAGAUUACCUUUCCUACCUCUUUCAGGUAAUACAUUCAAUGCAGUAUUAGCCUUAUAUUUAGCUAAUUAAUUAUGGGUUAUGCAUAAUAAGCUUCUAACUUAUAGCCUCUGUCUCUUGCGCAAUACGCACGCACCUGUGCUCCGCUGGCCUCUCUCCUUAAAAAACGCUCCUUAGCUUUUGGAGUCUCAUGCAGGAAAAGCUAUUUCAUUUAACUGUUGAAAGUGAGGAAGGAAUGAAGCAACAAUAGAGAGAGAAAGAGGAGGUAGGCUAAUAACAUUAGGGGAAAUAUUAUGAAAGGUAUACACUAUGUAUACCAAAGUAUGUGGACACCCCUUCAAAUUAGUGGAUUCGGCUAUUUCAACCACACCCGUUGCUGACAGGUGUAUAAAAUCGAGCACACAGCCAUGCAAUCUCCAUAGACAAACAUUGGCAGUAGAAUGGCCUUACUGAAGAGCUCAGUGACUUUCAACGUGGCACCGUCAUAGGAUGCCACCUUUCCAACAAGUCAGUUAGUAAACUUUCUGCCCUGCUAGAGCUGCCCCGGUCAACUGUAAGUUCUGUUGUUGUGAAGUGGAAAUAUCUAGGCGCAACAACGGCUCAGCCGCGAAGUGGUAGGCCACACAAGCUCACAGAACGGGACCGGCGUGUGCUGAAGCGCGUAGCGCAUAAAAAUUGUCUGUCCUCGGUUGCAACACUCAUUACCGAGUUCCAAACUGCCUCUCGAAGCAACGUCAGCACAAGAACUGUUCGUCGGGAGCUUCAUGAAAUGGGUUUCCAUGGCAGAGCAGCCUAAGAUCACAAUGCCAAGCGUCGGCUGGAGUGGUGUAAAGCUCUCCGCCAUUGGACUCUGGAGCAGUGGAAACGCAUUCUCUGGAGUGAUGAAUCACACUUCAACAUCUGGCAGUCCGACGGACGAAUCUAGGUUUGGCGGAUGCCAGAACAACGCUACUUGCCCGAAUGCAUAGUACCAACUGUAAAGUUUGGUGGAGGAGGAAUAAUGGUCUGGGGCUGUUUUUCAUGGUUUGGGCUAGGCCCCUUAGUUCCAGUGAAGGGAAAUCUUAACACUACAGCAUAGUGACAUUCUAGUCUAUUUUGUCCUUCCAACUUUGUGGCAACAGUUUGGUGAAGGCCCUUUCCUGUUUCAGCAUGACAAUGCCCCCAUGCACAAAGCAAGGUCCAUACAGAAAUGGUUUGUUGAGAUCGGUGUGGAAGAACUUGACUUGCCUUCACAGAGCCCUGACGUCAACUCCAUCAAACACUUUUGGGAUGAAUUGGAACGCCGACUGCGAGCCAGGCCUAAUCGCCCAACAUCAAUACCUGACCUCACUAAUGCUCUUGUGGCUGAAUAGAAGUCGGUCACCGACGCAAUGUUCCAACAUCUAGUGGAAAGCCUUCCCAGAAGAGUGGAGGCUGUUAUAGCAGCAAAGGGGGGACCAACUCCAUAUUAAUGCCCAUGAUUUUGGAAUGAGAUGUUCGACGAGCAGGUGUUCACAUACUUUUGGUCAUGUAGUGUAUAUGCGUCAAUCUACUAAUUAUACAAAUAGGCCCUAUUAUAUUUAAAUCAAAAAAUUAUAUAUGCUAGCCUAUACUUGUAACUUUGUAGGCUGCAUGUGCUGCACCAGAAUCGCAUGUUUUCUCCCUGCUUUAUCAUGGUUUGAACGUAAAUCUGGUCUAUAUAAUAGGCUACGGUAUAGUACAGUAAUACAGUUCACACUCAAAAAGAUUAGCCUACUGGAACUAGUUGCAUUUAUUUACCCAAGAGAGCAUAUAGCUAGCUACAUCAAUGGGCUUUUAUGUUUUUCUGUUGUGCAUAAUGUGCAGUAGCCUAUAUUAUAUACACUACUGGUCAAAAGUUUUAGAACACCUACUCAUUCAAGGGUUUUAUUUUAUUCUUACAAUUUUCUACAUUGUAGAAUAAUAGUGAAGACAUCAAAACUAUGAAAUGACACAUAUGGAAUCAUGUAGUAACCAAAAAAGUGUUAAACAAUUCUUCAAAUAGCCAGCCUUUGCCUUGAUGACUGCUUUGCACACUUUUGGCAUUCUCUCAACCAGCUUCAUGAGGUAGUCACCUGGAAUGCAUUUCAAUUAACAGGUGUGCCUUCUUAAAAGUUAUUUUGUGGAAUUUCUUUCCUUCUUAAUGCGUUUGCGCCAAUCAGUUGUGUUGUGACAAGGUAGGGGUGGUAUACAGAAGAUAGCCCUAUUUGGUAAAAGACCAUGUCCAUAUUAUGGCAAGAACAACUGAAAUAAGCAAAGAGAAACGACAGUCCAUCAUUACUUUAAGACAUGAAGAUCAGUCAAUACGGACAUUUUCAAGAACUUUGAAAGUUUCUUUAAGUGCAGUCGCAAAAACCAUCAAGCGCUAUGAUGAAACUGGCUCUCAUGAGGACCGCCACAGGAAUGGAAGACCCAGAGUUACCUCUGCUGCAGAGGAUAAGUUCACAGAGUUCAAGUAACAGACACAUCUCAACAUCAACUGUUCAGAGGGGACUGUGUGAAUCAGGCCUUCAUGGUCGAAUUGCUGCAAAGAAACCACUACUAAAGGACACCAGUAAUAAGAAGAAGAGACCUGCUUGGGCCAAGAAACUCGAGCAAUGGACGUUAGACCGGUGGAAAUGUGUCCUUCGAUCUGAUGAGUCCAAAUUUGAGAUUUUUGGUUCCAACUGCCGUGAGACGCGGUGUGGGUGAACGGAUAAUCUCUGUAUGUGUAUUUCCCACCGUAAAGCAUCGAGGAGGUGGUGUUAUGGUGUGGGGGUGCUCUGCUGUUGAAACUGUGAUUCAAGGCACACUUAGCCAGCUUGGCUACCACAGCAUUCUGCAGCGAUAUGCCAUCCCAUCUGGUUUGGGCUUAGUGGGACUAUCAUUUGUUUUUCAACAGGACAAUGACCCAACACACCUCCAGGCUGUGUAAGGGCUAUUUUCCCAAGAAGGAGAGUGAUGGAGUGCUGCAUCAGAUGACCUGGCCUCCACAGUCCCCUGACCUCAACCAAAUUGAGAUGGUUUGGGAUGAGUCGGACCGCAGAGUGAAGAAAAAGCAGCCAACAAGUGCUCAGCAUAUGUGGGAACUCCUUCAAGACUGUUGGAAAAGCAAUCCAGGUGAAGCUGGUUGAGAGAAUGCCAAGAGUGUGCAAAGCUGUCAUCAAGGCAAAGGGUGGCUAUUUGAAGAAUCUCAAAUAUAACAUUUUGAUUGAACACUUUUUUGGUUACUACAUGAUUCCAUAUGUGUUAUUUCAUAGUUUUGAUGUCUUCACUAUUAUUCUACAAUAUAGAAAAUGGUAAAAUAAAGAAAAACCCCUUGAAUGAGUAGGUGUUCUAAAACUUUUGACCGGUAGUGUAUGUAUUGGAUAACGGCACAAUCAUUUGGGCUUUUUUGGACUUGGGCUCUUUAAAUGUAUGGCUCAUCAGGCUCAGGUAGCAUCAGGCUUGAAAAUUCGAUCAAAGCUCUAAUCAAAUCCAGACAUAGGGCUUUUUAUAUGCUUUAUAAUGCUUUUGAAUAACACUUCCGGUUUUGGCGGGAAAUAUCGGGUUACCCGGGAGAAAAUAGAUUUAUUCUCGGGAUGGAACGUUUGUAAAAUACAGGGAACAUAUUAAACCCUAGUCUUGAGUAGAUAGAGGCUAAUAUCCUACCCCCAUUAAAAUUUGACCCUUUGAAAAGGUCCAUAUCGCUCUGAAGAUUAUGUUACUUUAUAGAACUAAUGUGGAACAAACUCUCCCUUGUAUUUACCUUUGGUUUUUUGUCAGUAAUUUUUCUAUAUUAUAAUAAUCCUUUCUCUCUCUUCUCCCUUUUCUCUCCUCUCCCUUCUCUCUCUCCUCUCACUCUCUCUCUUUUUCUUCAGCUGUCCAUCGUGAACUCUAAUGAGCCGGGUGUGAUCAUGUUCAAGACAGAGGUGUUGAAGUGUCGCGUGGCGCUCAACCCAAAGUCCUACCAGACCUUGCAGCUCAAAGUCACCCCCGAGAAUGCCGGGCCCUGGUCACAGGAGGAGCUACAGGUCCUGGAGAAGUUCUUCGAGACCCGGGUAAGACUAUUGAUUUGGACUAGACUAGUGACUAGCAUCUUUGGGUCCUUUAAGAUUGCUAUUUAAAACCCAUGUAUUAUUAUUGUAUGGGCAAUUCCACGGUAAAAGAGUGACGCUGAGACUCACCUUUUCACUUUAAAAUGUAUGCCAAACAAAAAUCAUUGAUUGCAAAGUUUAAGAAGCCAUACACCUAUAUGUAUGUCUACUUUUAACUAUUGCCUCUGAACAUUUUACUGAAACAGGUUUAGUUGAAGAACAGUGCAGAUGCAAAGUUCAGUAACAGAAUGACAGUAAAAUCAGUUUUCCAAAAACUACUACUCAGAAAAACUACUACUUUAUUGAACUACAGUAAGUGAGGUGGAUUAACACCCGGUAACAGAAUGACAUCAUGGGUCCUUGAUCUGUACUAUACAGAAAUGCAUAAUUAUGAAUGUUAUUCUCUUACAUUUUAGUCAUUUAGCAGACGCUCUUAUCCAGAGCGACUUACAGUUAGUGAGUGCAUACAUUUUUCAUACUGGCCCCCCGUGGGAAACGAACCCCCACAACCCUGGCGUUGCAAGCACCAUGCUCUACUGACCUACAGGGGACUCUUCAUGGUGAUGUAUCCUGAAUAGGUACUCAAAGGUAGAAAAAUGUAAUAUCCUCCUUUGCAUAUUAUUCUAAUGAGCUCCGCCCCCAAUCAAGACCAAAUUUGGUUGGUCCAGACUAGACCAAAUCUGUACCAAUCAUAGAUGUCAAUGUUUCACAAGUUUGGAUAUCAAAAUACAGCACAGUAGAGUACAGCACAGUUCAGUAAAGAAAAGUAGAGUACAGUCUACAUUUACUUGUUACUUCUGUGAACUUUCAUAAUCCUCCCUCAUGAAGGAGAGAAAUUAGAAAAUAUAUUAAAGAGAGAAAUUAGAAAAUAUAUUAAAGAUAUGUGAGUUUUUGGUAACAGAAUGACAAGACACUAGGCUAUAUUUCUUAAACUUACAGAAAGCAAAUAAUUUCUGCAAAACUAAAUAUAAAUGUUAAUAUUUGUUGGCAGGGGCCUUUACUUCAACAUUAUUGUGUUGUGAUGCAUUUCUAUUAUCUUAAGACUUUGUCUAGUAGAUGUUUUUUAAGACCCCUUUUCCAUCUUUGUGACCAGCAAUCAAAGAUGGAUUUUUAAGAUGGAAAAUGGUUGAAAAACCAUAUCUAUGCCUUCAUUUUGCAAAAAUAUAGACUCUUAGCUUUCAUUUGACACCAAAUUUCAUAUGCUCCUAUAAACUUCACAUGUUGGUGCUCAUGGGUCUUUUUACAUGGAAAUGACCGUAUACACACGCACGCACAAACCCUUAUUCAAUAACCUCGACCUUGACCAAAAAUAACUUCUGGAUAUCAGGACAGCGAUUACUCACCUCGUAUUGGACGAAGAUUUUUUCUUCAACGAGUCGGACGUGAAGGAUAUCCUACAGACACCCGACAAGGCCCAAAUCCCUGUAACUCGCAUGAGAAAGAGACAGAGAUAUCGUGGACGUAGGUCGGGGUGCCUUGUUAGGAUCCGACGGCGAGCGAGUAAACUGCCUCUUCCAUCAAUCCUAUUAGCCAAUGUUCAAUAAUUUGAAAAUAAAUUAGACGACCUAAGAUUACGGUUAUCCUACCAACGGGACAUUAAAAACUGUAAUAUCUUAUGUUUCACCGAGUCGUGGCUGAACGACAACAUGGAUAACAUACAGCUGGCGGGAUACACGCUACAUCGCCAGGAUAGAACGGCUGACUCCGGUAAGACAAGGGGUGGCGGUCUGUGUAUAUUUGUAAACAACAGCUGGUGCAUAAAAUCUAAUACUAAGGAAGUCUCGAGGUUUUGCUCGCCUGAGGUAGAGUAUCUCAUGAUAAGCUGUAGACCACACUAUUUACCAAGAGAGUUUUCAUCUAUAUUUUUCGUAGCUGUCAAUUUACCACCACAAACCGAUGCUGGCACUAAGAUUGCACUCAAUGAGCUGUAUAAGGCCAUAAGUAAACAGGAAAACGCUCAUCCAGAGGCAGCACUCCUAGUGGCCGGGGACUUUAAUGCAGGGAAACUUAAAUCUGUUCUACCUCAUUUCUACUAGCAUGUUAAAUGUGCAACCAGAGGGGGAAAAAACUCUAGACCACAUUUACUCCACACACAGAGACGUGUACAAAGCUCUCCCUCGCCCUCCAUUUGGUAAAUCUGACCAAACUCUAUCCUCCUGAUUCCUGCUUAUAAGCCAAAACUAAGCAGGAAGCACCAGUGACUCGGUUAAUAAGGAAGUGGUCAGAUGACACAGAUGCUAAGCUACAGGACUGUUUUGCUAGCACAGACUGGAAUAUGUUCCGGGAUUCUUCUGAUGGCAUUGAGGAGUACACCACAUCAGUCACUGGCUCCACCAAUAAGUGCAUCGAUGACGUCGUCCCCACAGUGACCGUACAUACAUACCCCAACCAGAAGCCAUGGAUUACUGGCAACAUCCACACUGAGCUAAAGGGUAGAGCUGCCACUUUCAAGGAGCGGGACUCUAACCCGGACGCUUAUAAGAAAUCCCCUAUUCCUUCCGACGAACCAUCAAACAGGCAAAGCGUCAAUACAGGACUAAGAUUGAAUCGUACUACACCGGCUCUGAUGCUUGUCGGAUGUGGCAGGGCUUGAAAACUAUUACAGACUACAAAGGGAAGCACAGCCGCGAGCUGCCCAGUGAUACAAGCCUACCAGACGAGCUAAAUCACUUCUAUGCUCGCUUCGAGGCACGCAACACUGAAGCAUGCAUGAGAGCAUCAGCUGUUCCGGAUGACUAUGUGAUGACCAAGCUCUCUGUAGCCGAUGUGAGUAAGACUUUUAAGCAGGUCAACAUUCACAAGGCCACAGGGCCAGGCGGAUUACCUUGACAUGUACUCCGAGCAUGCACUGACCAACUGGCAAGUGUCUUCACUUACAUUUUCAACAUGUCCCUGACUGAGUCUGUAAUACCAACAUGUUUCAAGCAGACCACCAUAGUCCCUGUGCCCAAGAACACUAAGGUAACCUGCCUAAAUGACUACCGACCCGUAGCACUCACGUCUGUAGCCAUGAAGUGCUUUGAAAGGCUGGUCAUGGCUCACAUCAACACCAUUAUCCCAGAAACCCUAGACCCACUCCAAUUUGCAUACCACUCCAACAGAUCUUAUGCAUUCUCUAUUGCACUCCACACUGCCCUUUCCCACCUGGACAAGAGGAACACCUACGUGAGAAUGCUAUUCAUUGACUACAGCUCAGCGUUCAACACCAUAGUGGCUUCAAAGCUCAUCACUAAGCUAAGGACCCUGGGACUAAACACCUCCCUCUGCAACUGGAUCCUGGACUUUCUGACGGGUUCGCCCCCAGGUGGUAAGGGUAGGUAACAACACAUCUGCCACGCUGAUCCACAACACAGGGGCCCCUCAGGGGUGCGUGCUUAGUCCCCUCCUGUACUCCCUGUUCACCCAUGAUUGCAUGGCCAGGCACGACUCCAACACCAUCAUUAAGUUUGCUGACAACACAACAGUGGUAGGCCUGAUCACCAAUAGUGAUGAGACAGCCUAUAGGGGGAGGUUAGAGACCUGGCCGUGUGGUGCCAGGAUAACAAUCUCUCCCUCAGCGUGAUCAAGACAAAGGAGAUGAUUGUGGACUACAGGAAAAAAAAGAGGACUGAGCACGCCCCCAUUCUCAUCGACGGGGCUGUAGUGGAACAAGUUGAGAGCUUCAAGUUCCUUGGUGUCCACAUCACCAACAAACUAUCAUGGUCCAAACACUCCAAGACAGUCGUGAAGAGGGCACGACAAAGCCUAUUCCCCCUCAGGAGACUGAAAAGAUUUGGCAUGGGUCCUCAGAUCCUCAAAGUUCUACAGCUGCACCAUCGAGAGCAUCCUGACUGGUUGCAUCACCGCCUGGUAUGUCAACUGCUCGGCCUCCGACCGCAAGGCACUACAGAGGGUAGUUCGUACGGCCCAGUACAUCACUGGGGCCAAGCUUCCUGCCAUCGAGGACCUCUUUACCAGGCGGUGUCAGAGGAAGGCCCUAAAAUUUACCAAAGACUCCAGCCACCCUAGUCAUAGACUAUUCUCUCUGCUACCGCAUGGCAAGCGGUACCGGAGCGCCAAGUCUAGAUCCAAAAGGCUUCUUAACAACUUCUACCCUCAAGCCAUAAGACUCCUGAACAGCUAAUCAUGGCUACCCAGACUAUUUGCAUUGCCCCCUCACCCCACCCCAUCCCAACCCCUUCUUUUAUGCUGCUGCUAAUCUGUUUAUUAUUUAUGCAUAGUCACUUUAACUCUACCCACAUGUACAUAUUACCUCAAUUACCUCGACUAACCGGUGCCCCCGCACAUUGACUCCGUACCGGUACCCCCUGUAUACAACCUCCCUACUGUUAUUUUAUUUUACUGCUGUUCUUUCAUUAUUUGCUAUUUUUCUGUUGUAAAUACCUGAUGUAUUCGGCGCAUGUGGCAAAUAACAUUUGAUUUGAUUUGACGUGACGCAUGGCAUUCAGACCAAAGAAUUCAAUGUUGGUUUCAUCAGACCAGAAAAUCUUGUUUCUCAUGGUCUGAGAGUCCUUUACGUGCCUUUUGGUAAACUCCAAGCGGGCUGUCAUGUGCCUUUUUACUGAGGAGUGGUUUCUGUCUGGCCACUACCAUAAAGACCUGAUUGGUGGAGUGCUGCAGAGAUUGUUGUCCUUCUGGAAGGUUCUCCCAUCUCCACAGAGGAACUCUGGAGCUCUGUCAGAGAGACCAUCUGGUUCUUGGUCACCUCCCUGAAUAAGGCCCUUCUCCCCCGAUUGCUCAGUUUGGCCGGGUGGCCAGCUCUAGCAGGAGUCUUGGUGGUACCAAACUUCUUCCAUUUAAGAAUGAUGGAGGCCACUGUGUUCUUGGGGACCUUCAAUGCUGCAGACAUUUUUUGGUACCUUUCCCCAAAUAUGUGCCUCGACACAAUCCUGUCUCGGAGCUCUGCAGACAAUUCCUUCGACCUCAUGACUUGGUUUUUGCUCUGACAUGCACUGUCAACUGUGGGACCUUAUAUAGACAUGUAUGUGCCUUUCCAAAUCAUGUCCAAUCAACUGAAUUUACCACAGGUGGACUCCAAUCAAGUUGUAGAAACAUCUCAAGGAUGAUCAAUGGAAACAGGAUGCACCUGAGCUCAUUUUUGAGUCUCAUAGCAAAGGGUCUGAAUACUUAUGUAAAUAAGGUAUUUCUGUUUUUUGCUUUUUACACAUUAGGAAAAAUGUCUUAACCUGUUUUUGCUUUGCCAUUAUGGGGUAUUGUGUGUAGAUUGAUUGAGGAAUUUUAUUUAUUUAAUCAAUUUUAGAAUAAGGCUGUAACUUAACAAAAUGUGGAAAAAGUCAAGGGUUCUGAAUAUUUUCCGAAUGCACUGUAUAUGAACAAAUCCAUUAUCAAACCUUUUAACACUAAACAAAACAGAUUAACUUCUGUAAUUCAUGCGUAGUGGUAGAAUACCUGCACUCUCACUCUCCACUCUGGCCUCCAUGUUCCUCAGCUCCACUCUCUGUUCCAUCACGAUGUUUCCCAGGUUGUGCACCAUUUCUCUCAGCUGUUUCAGCUCAUCCCAGAUGUCAGGGGUGGUGGUCUGGCUCACACUGCUCUCUCCCCCUUCACUGUAACCCUGUUGAAUGAUGUCAUUGUCUUUGACCCCUCCACUCUCUCCCUAAGCCCAUGCCCCAGAAAGACAGAACAGCAACACCAGCAGAGCUACAGCACACCUCAUUCUGAAAUGACACCUCUUCAGAAAUGAUGUGGUCUAUGAGGCUCAGUCCCCUUCUUUAUACACACACACACAACCAAGUGAGCCAGUGCAUGGGAAUAUAACAUAUGUCUCUGACAGAAAAUGUGGAACUAAAGCCAAGGAUCUGAUAAAGAGAAACACUGGAGGAACUGACCUCAUAGCAGGUCAUCUGAAUCUGAAGCUGGAAAAGGCUGUGGGACAACAGAACCUGUAAUUUGUUUGAAUUUCUCUCUUUAUCUUCAUAAAGUGCAAGAAUAUACACGUGUAGUGGUAGGCUUUGACUAAAAAGUAAAAUUACUAAGUCAAGUCUCUCUCCUCUUCAUGUACUUUUCCUCGCCCUGUCCCUUUAUCCUCCCCUCUCCUCCCUCUCCCCCAUCUUCACUCCAGGUGGCCGGCCCUCCCUUCAAGUACAACACGUUGAAUGCCUUCACCAAGCUGCUUGGGGCCCCCACCAACAUCCUCAGGGACUGUGUCCGCAUCAUGAAGCUCGAACUGGUGAGGCCUUUUCCUCUGGCUGUGGGUGUCGCUGGGUGGGUGGGUGGUGCUGCUCCAUAGAUAACUUUGUGUCUAUUAUGAAUGUGAGGGGCAGGUGAUAUGUUUGGCUGUGUUUCUGCCUGUGUAUGUGAGAGACAAAUAUGUGAGUGACCGCCUCGAUUCGGUCGUAUGUAGCAAAAUUUGAAAUUGUGUUUUUUACAUUUGAAAAAAGUAGACUCAGAGCUAGAAAAUGGUAUAUCAUACACUGCAGUUGAGGAACAAUGGGAAAGUAAUUCUGCUUUGAAAGUUGAUAAACUUGUAACCCCACUUUUGAGAAGAUGGCCCUUGAAUGUUUUGGUACACCUACUGGAGAGCACUUCUUUGUCCACACCCAUUCAGCAUCGUUCACACCCUCUUAAGCCUUAGCCCCACCCAUCUCUUUAAGGAUUCACAUGUGAGGCCAUGUGGUAAAUAGACGCUAUAUCAAAUAAAAUCUAAGUUUAUUUGUCACUUGCACAGGAUACAGAAGGUGUAAACGCUACAGUGAAGUGGUUACUUGCAUAGUAGCAAUAUCAAAAAGAGAUGGUGUCCAGAUAAAAAUAUUUUAUAAAUAUUUUAUCAUUAUUAGAUGACGCUUACCCAACACACUUGUCAAAAUUGAUGGGUCAUGUGAAGGAGAUGCUAUAACCACAUCUAGCUAAGUGGAUGGGUCACUAUUGUCUAGACAUGUACACAUGUUCAUGAAAUACAAUAGAUGGCCGUAAUCACCCCCAGACACACAUGGGUAAUUUGAUGGGUCAUGUAGUAAUCCGGCCGUAGUGGAGUCUUUGUUUAGACAUGUAGCUAGCUAGGUAGCUAGCUAGCUAGCUAAACAAUGAACCGGUAUAAUCCCAACUCGUACUACUACCAAUACAAACAUUGUCAUAGCUAGCUGUAAGCUAACAGACUAGGUUCAAUGUUAGCUAGCUAACAUUAGGCUAUAACCAACAAUGCAAAUGGUUUUCUGAUUAGAAUAAUAUUACUACACAGAUCAUACACGUAACGUUAGCUAUCGAGCCAGCAAGCUAAUGUUUGCUAGCUAACUAACAGUACACUUUAACUUGCAAUAAAAAUAACUUUCUGACAAAAUUAGAAACGUAUAUCUGAAAAUGUAGCUAGACUCUUACCCAUAUACAUGGAUGAACGCUUCACGGCAGACUGGAACCAUUUAACUCUGUUUUGUUUGUAGCUACAUCUUGUUGGCCAGUGGUGUGUCAAGUCACUCCGCGGUUCACACUGACCGUGGCGUGUGCAGAAAGUAGCCCAUCACUUUUUCCAACUGAUCUGUCGAUAGCGCCUGUUAAAUUCAGGGCAUCAAUGUUGUUGAAAAGUAGCAAAACUUUUGUAGUUGUCGAUGGCUAACGUUAUAUCUUUCUUUCGGUAGAAAGGACUGUCAACACACACUGAACAGCUCACGUUAUAGACAGAAGCAUGCUACAUGGCAGACCAAUCCAAACUAAUCUCCCGGCAUGUCCAGCCCAUCCAUUAUCUCAGCCAAUCAUGGCUUGCGGGAAGGUUCCUGUCUUUUUCCGUGGCUAAACCAACUAGGCUCGUAAUUUAACAAUUGUAUUCUUAUUUUUGGAUGGAAUACAAGUUUGUUAUAAAGGCACAUAAAAGUUAACAUGUUCCAGAAGGCAUUUUUCCCAAUAAAACGCAUUUGAUAAAAAAGAAUUGUUUACGUUCAAAUACCGCUCCUGUGAAGUAGUGACAUGCGACAUACGCCUAGUUUCCUGAAAUGAGUCACACGUGUUAUGGUCAGCGUUGGGUAAGUUACUUUUUUAAAUGUAAUCUGUUAGUUGCUAGUGACCUGUCUAAAAUGUACACCUAUAAGAUCCAGUGGUGGAAAAAGUACUAAAUUGUCAUACUUGAGUAAAAGUAAAGAUACCUUAAUAGAAAAUGACUGAAGUAAAAGUGAAUGUCACCCAGUAAAAUACUACUUGAGUAAAAAGUAUUUGGUUUUAAAUAUCAAAAGUAAAUGGAAUUGCUAAAAUGUACUUAAGUAUCAAAAGUAAAAGUAUAAAUCAUUUCAACUUCCUUAUAUUAAGCAAACCAGAUGGCACAAUUUUCUUGUUUUUUUAACCAGGGGCAUACUCCGACAUAAUUUACAAACAAAGCAUUUGUAUUUAGUGAGUCCGCCAGAUCAGAGGCAGUAGGGAUGACCAGGGAUGUUCUCUUGAUAAGUGUGUGAAUUGGACCAUUUUCCUGUCAAAAUGUAAAUACUUUUGGAUGUCAGGGAAAAUGUAUGGAGUAAACAGUACAUUAUUUUCUUUAGGAAUGUAGUGAAGUAAAAGUGAAAGUUCCCAAAAAUAUAAAUAGUAAAGUACAGAUACCCCAAAAAAAACGACUUAAGUAGUACUUUAAAGUAUUUUUACUUAAGUACUUUACACCACUGAUAAGAUCUGAUCACAGUCAGACCACAAUGCGUCUUUUAAUCAUGUACACCUGUCUAAAAAUGUGGGCACAUGUUAAAACCAGGUAUAAGUAAGGGCUUAAGUAACACAGCAACAUGGAUGGCGCUAAACACGGGACACCAGUACAAAGAUUUAUGAAAAUGUAAGCACUCACUACUGUAAGUCGCUCUGGAUAAGAGCGUCUGCUAAAUGACUAAAAUGAGAAAUAUAAAUAUGAAGAGUGUAAUCAUACUUUUAGUCCACCAAGUAGUUUUUUAAGUUUAAGCAAAAAAAAGUGCAGCUAGGUGCAAUAAACCCACAUAUCAGACAUGGCAUUGCAGUAGGCCUAUUCUGAAGCUAGCCUACACAGAUGAUUGAAGGCAGAAAUUGCUGUUGUAUCACAGCAAGAGGACAUGCUCUAGAUGAGCGUCAGACAUCCUGUUUCGCUGAGGGGUAAACAAGUUUCCACCAUAGCUGAAAAGGCGCUCAACUGGGGUACUGGAGGGCAAUGUAGUGUUGUACUUCAGAAACAAGUUCCAGACUAUGGGGAACGAUUUCAAGGAGUCCAAAGACUUGUCUUUGUCUUCGAGGUACUUCCUCACCUCAUCAAAUCAAAUCAAAUCAAAUCAUAUAUUAUUUGCCACAUGCGCCGAAUACAACAGGUGUAGACAUUACAGUGAAAUGCUUACUUACAAGCCCUUAACCAACAAUGCAGUUUUUUAAGAAGAAAAAAAAAUGUUAAGUAAAAAAUAGAUAAGUAAAAAAAUAAAUAUAUAAUAAUAAUUAAAGAGAAGCAGUAAAAUUAAAUAACAGUAGGGAGGAUAUAUACAGGGGGGUACCGGGACAGAGAGUCAAUGUGCGGGGGCACUGGUUAGUCAAGUAAUUGAGGUAAUAUGUACAUGUGGGUAGAGUUAAGGUGACUAUGCAUAAAUAAUAAACAGAGUAGCAGCAGCGUAAAAGAGGGGGAUGGGGUGGGGUAGGGGGGCAAUGCAAAUAGUCCGGGUAGCCAUGAUUAGCUGUUCAGGAGUCUUAUGGCUUGGGGGUAGAAGCUGUUAAGAAGCCUUUUGGACCUAGACUUGGCGCUCCGGGACCGCUUGCCGUGCGGUAGCAGAGAGAGUAGUCUAUGACUAGGGUGGCUGGAGUCUUUGAUAAUUUUUAGGACCUUCCUCUAACACCGCCUGGUAUAGAGGUCCUGGAUGGCAGGAAGCUUGGCCCCAGUGAUGUACUGGGCCGUACGCAGUACCCUCUGUGGUGUCUUGCAGUCGGAGGCCGAGCAGUUGCCAUACCAGGCGGUGAUGCAACCAGUCAGGAUGCUCUCGAUGGUGCAGCUGUAUAACUUUUUGAGGAUCUGAGGACCCAUGCCAAAUCUUUUCAGUCUCCUGAGGGGGAAUAGGCUUUGUCGUGCCCUCUUCACGACUGUCUUGGUGUGUUUGGACCAUGAUAGUUUGUUGGUGAUGUGGACACCAAGGAACUUGAAGCUCUCAACCUGUUCCACUACAGCCCCGUCGAUGAGAAUGGGGGCGUGCUCAGUCCUCUUUUUUUUGUAGUCCACAAUCAUCUCCUUUGUCUUGAUCACGUUGAGGGAGAGGUUGUUAUCCUGGCACCACACGGCCAGGUCUCUGACCUCCUUCCUAUAGGCUGUCUCAUCGUUGUCGGUGAUCAGGCCUACCACUGUUGUGUUGUCGGCAAACUUAAUGAUGGUGUUGGAGUCGUGCCUGGCCAUGCAGUCAUGGGUGAACAGGGAGUACAGGAGGGGACUGAGCACGCACCCCUGAGGGGCCCCCAUUUUGAGGAUCAGCGUGGCAGAUGUGUUGUUACCUACCCUUACCACCUGGGGGCGGCCUGUCAGGAAGUCCAGGAUCCAGUUGCAGAGGGAGGUGUUUAGUCCCAGGGUCCUUAGCUUAGUGAUGAGCUUUGAGGGCACUAUGGUGUUGAACGCUGAGCUGUAGUCAAUGAAUAGCAUUCUCACAUAGGUGUUCCUCUUGUCCAGGUGGGAAAGGGCAGUGUGGAGUGCAAUAGAGAUUGCAUCAUCUGUGGAUCUGUUGGGGCGGUAUGCAAAUUGGAGUGAGUCUAGGAUUUCUGGGAUAAUGGUGUUGAUGUGAGCCAUGACUAGCCUUUCAAAGCACUUCAUGGCUACAGACAUGAGUGCUACGGGUCGGUAGUCAUUUAGGCAGGUUAUCUUAGUGUUCUUGAGCACAGGGACUAUGGUGGUCUGCUUGAAACAUGUUGGUAUUACAGACUCAGUCAGGGACAGGUUGAAAAUGUCAGUGAAGACACUUGCCAGUUGGUCAGCGCAUGCUCGGAGUACACGUCAUUGUAAUCCGUCUGGCCCUGCGGCCUUGUGAAUGUUGACCUGUUUAAAGGUCUUACUCACAUUGGCUAUGGAGAGCGUGAUCACACAGUCGUCCGGGACAGCUGAUGCUUUGGCUGUUUGAUGGUUCCUCUGCAGUGCCACUGGCCCUUGUUGUUGCACCUCCGAACACAAACAAAUUGUCUUCUGACUCAUCAGACUCGUUCUGUGCUCCCUCAUCAACCUCUUCAGAGUAUGUGUUCUCCAUAGAAGCUACUUCUUGAACUAAUGUGCUCCGCAUCUCCUCUCUUUCCAGGGUUGUGCAGAGAAUGUCACAAGAGGUAUUUUCUCAGAAUUUAGACUUCAAGCUUAGGAUUGUUGGGAUAAGAAAGCCAAGAAAACACUUAUUCUCUCCCUGAAGAAGAUCAAUAGAGAAUUCGAGUGGCUGUAGGACUGUACUGUACUCCUUGAGAAAAGCAAUCUCACAAGGAUGUAGUUUGCUGCUCACACCCAGGUCUUCCCAGAUUUGCCCAAGCUGGUCAUCUGUGAGGGCUAUGAGUUUGGAGAUGGCAUGGUACUCUGAGCUCCAUCUUGCUUGCAAUGUCCUCUAUUGCCUCUUAAGCUAAUGUGGACCUGUGUGCUUUGUUCCAAAUGCUGGAGCAUUUUGACAUUGCACUUCUGUACAAUUUUUGUGAUGGACCUUGGGAUGCAGCUUUGUCCACCUCAUUGGUGGCGAUGAGGUUGAGGGUGUGUGCCACACAACGUUGAUGUGGAGGGAGAAAGAAGUUCAAUUCUUGCUCAACCUCCUCAAGAAUCCCACCCACAUCAGCAAACCUCACUCCUUCAUCUGUCUCAUCUUGCUCUUCUUCAUUUCCACUGAACUCCCGGAAUGCCUUUACAAAGUUGCUUCCAUUAUCUGUCACUGUGGCCCUCACUUUGCACUGAAUUUUAAAGUCCAUGUAUUUCACUUAACUUGGCAGCAAUCACAUCGUAGGUAUGACGCCCUCUCAGUCUCGCACAAGCCAAAGCAGCUGACUUCCUCUCUAAGGUGUCCUCCUCGAUCCAGUGGCAUGUCAUGCCGAAUAAGCUUCUGUUAUGGGCAGACCAGAUGUCUGCUGUGGUGCAGACUGACUUUACGCUCUGGAGUUUGGUGGAGAGAGCUUCUUUCAUACCUCAAAUUCCUGCAUCAGUCUUUCUACACAUGACCAUUCUCCCACCACUGAUUCCUUCUACUAGCUUGCAGAAUGAAGGCCCCUCUACUAGUGAAAAGGGUUGCACAUCCUCUAUGAUGAAGUCAAAUACCAGGUGACUAACCUGGCUUUGUGAGGUGUGUGGUUCUCCUGGUUAUAGUUUUGCUUGUUUCAAUGGUGUACAAGAUGUCCCAUUUUGGCCAUCUGUAGAUGGCUGUGCAUCUCUGCUCUCCUCCAUGUCAUCUGGCUCCCUUUUCCUGCUCAGGGUCUUCCAUUGAUUGUUAUGCAUCCUCUGAAAAAACAAAAUGUAAUUACUUAACUAUGACACUACAAGAUAAGUAAAAUAACAGUGGAGUGAGCACCUUGUUAUUGUUUCAAUUAAGGAUUGUAGCUUUACCCAACUUUUGUCCACCUUUUGAAACAUAUGUUUCACUUUGUAUAGUCUGCCCCUGUCUGAUAACCACAGGGCUGGGGUUGGAACAUGUAACCACUUACACAUGGACAAAGCUGUGGAUGCAAGGAUGUCUAUGGUGCUUUAUAUUGUUUGUCUAGAAAUACCCCCCAAAAAACGAUGGACUAAUAGAGUAUUAUACUUUGAGUUAUGAUUGAAUAAUACAGGCAUUUAUUUGGGUUGAAAAGCACAUUACUCUGAAACCAUAGCUAGCUAGCCAACUCUGUUAGCAACAACCCUGACAGUGAGCAUCUUGUUAUGUUGGGUUACAGAGUGCAACUAGCUUUCAAAACUUGUUUUAAACUUUUGAUUUAGCUAGCUAGCUAGGCUAUGUAGCCCAGUAAAUCGCACCCAACAAUCUACAACUGAUUUAUCUUAGUUAAAAUAGAUUUAAUUAGCGAAAUUGUUAACAAAUUAGCACAAUAGCAUACUUGCUAUGAUAUCUUGCUAACUACAGUAGACCGACAGAACACCUUUAAGUGAGCAGCCUACCGCAUAGUUUAGGAGAGUUGGCAAGCAAAUUAGCAAACUAAACAGGAUAGCUAGCUAGAAAUCUGACUGACUAACUAGCUAGUAGUCUCUGACAUCUCCGACCUAUGCUGGAACAUUGGUAACAUUGUGAAGACAACCUGUCUGUCUCUAGAGACUAGCUAGCUAAGCAAGCUAACGUGCCACACCUGCCAAUCGUCAUCCUUACCGUCAAGUGUUUCUUCAGGUUCGAAGUCUCUGGAUGUCGACAGCCGCUUUACCGUGGGCAAAUAUAGUUUGCAUUGAACUGUUACAUUCCUGCCCAUUUCAUCUUUGAACACAAAUUGUUCUUUGAAACGCCAUCCAAAGAAAUGCACUGCAUUGGCGCGCCAUACCUUUUUCUUUUGUGACCGUGUAUGUUUCUCAAAGCUGAACUUUUUCGGUUAAUGACUGACGUUAUUAUGAAAACAGGCAAUUGUUUCAUCUAAAAAAGAAAAAAAUCUGCAAACAUCCCUUCUACAUUUGAAGGUAAUCCUAGAAGUAAUUAUCUACUUUUUCAAAAGUAUCGGUAAUCUGAUUACAACAGUUAGUUUUUUUGUAAUCCAUUACAUGUAAUCCGUUACUCCCCAACCCUGGUUAUGGUUGUGUAGGUCUCUCUCUCUAACUUAUCUUCCUCCUUUCCUGUCCAGUUCCCUGACCAGGCCACCCAGUUGAAGUGGAAUGUCCAGUUCUGUCUGACCAUCCCCCCCAGCGCCCCUCCCAUUGCUCCCCCAGGAACUAUCGCAGUGGUGCUCAAGUCCAAGAUGCUCUUCUUCGUAAGUACUGGUCCAUUCUCACCUGCCAUGACCUUUUGACAAGUGUUGUUACAUAAGUCUUAUAACAGAGGGUUUGUGUUACCAUAUAUUUGUUUUAAUGCCUUACAAUUGAAUUCCAGUGACGUGUACUGAAGUUGUGUAAAGUAUAGCUAACCCUGUUCUCUCCUUGUAUCCCCCCCCCCCAAGCUCCAGUUGACCCAGAGGCUGCCGGUGCCCCAGGAGCCGGUCAACAUCAUUGUUCCCAUCGUAUACGACAUGGCCAUGGGCCUGACCCAGCAGGCUGACAUCCCGAGACAACACUCCUCCUCUGGGGCUGCAGCGCUCAUGGUCUCCAACAUCCUCAAGCGGUUCAAUGAGCUGCACCCCGCACGACAGGGUCAGUGGGAUUGUCCACACACAAAAAAUAGAAUAUGAAACAUAGGAAAUAAGAUGCACAGUGAAAGAUUUGAUUGGAACACUUGGAUAGAAAAGCAAGAAAAACAAUAUUGUUUUGUUUUUUUGUUGGUAUUAUACUAAUAUUGGGUGUGUUUUUGUCUCCUUACAGGUGAGUGCACAAUCUUUGCCUCAGUUCACGAGCUCAUGGCCAACCUCAACCUGCCCCCCGGUGGUCGCCAGUAG